AUGAUUCCUAAUGCUUGUAUAGAAAGCAGGCCAAGCGUCAUUCAACGAAGAAAGCGGACCAAGAAUCAUUCAACGAAGAAAGCGGGCCAAGCAUCAUUGAACGAAGAAAGCGGACCAAGCGUCAUUCAACGAAGAAAACGGGCCAAGAAUAAUUCAACGAAGAAUGCGGAUCAAGUGUCAUUCAACGAAGAAAGCGGACCAAGCCUCAUUCAACGAAGAAAGCGGGCCAAGAAUCAUUCAACGAAGAAAGCGGACCAAGCCUCAUUCAACGAAGAAAGCGGGCCAAGCAUCAUUCAACGAAGAAAGCAGACCAAGCGUCAAUCAACGACGAAAGCGGGCCAAGCCUCAUUCAACGAAGAAAGCGGGCCAAGCAUCAUUCAACGAAGAAGGCGGGCCAAUCAUCAUUCAACGAAGAAAGCGGGCCAAGCAUCAUUCAACGAAGAAAGCGGACCAAUCAUCAUUCAACGAAGAAAGCGGACCAAGCAUCAUUCAACGAAGACAGCGGGCCAAGAAUCAUUCAAUGAAGAAAGCGAGGCAAGCCUCAUUCAACGAAGAAAGCGGGUCAAGCGUCAUUCAACGAAGAAGGCGGGAAAGCGUCAGUCAACGAAGAAAGCGGGCCAAGAAUCAGUCAACGAAGAAAGCGGACCAAGAAUCAUUCAUCGAAGAAAGCGGACCAAGCAUCAUUCAACGAAGAAAGCGGGCCAAGCAUCAUUCAACGAAGAAAACGGGCCCAGCAUCAUUCAACGAAGAAAGCGGCCCAGCGUCAUUCAACGAAGAAAGCGGACCAAGCGUCAUUCAAUGAAGAAAGCGAGGCAAGCCUCAUUCAAGGAACAAAGUGGGUCAAGCAUCAUUCAACGAAGACAGCGGGUCAAGCAUGAUUCAAUGAAGAAAGCUGGCCAAGCAUCAUUCAACGAAGAAAGCGCGCCAAGCAUCAUUCAACGAAGAAAGCGGACCAAGCGUCAUUCAACGAAGAAAGCGGACCAAGAAUCAUUCAACGAAGAAAGCGGACCAAGAAUCAUUCAACGAAGAAAGCGGACCAAGCGUCAUUCAACGAAGAAAGCGCGCCAAGAAUCAUUCAACGAAGAAAGCGCGCCAAGCAUCAUUCAACGAAGAAAGCGGACCAAGAAUCAUUCAACGAAGAAAGCGGACCAAGCGUCAUUCAACGAAGACAGCGGGCCAAGAAUCAUUCAAGGAAGAAAGUGGGCCAAGCAUCAUUCAAUGAAGAAAGCGAGCCAAGCCUCAUUCAAAGAAGAAAGUGGGUCAAGCAUCAUUCAGCGAACAAAGUCUGCAAUGCAUAUUUCAACGAAGAAAGCUAGCCUAGUCUCAUUCAACAUAAGAGCAAAGAAAAAUGAAAAGUUCCGCAUUCAAUCUUGA